GUUUGUGUUUAGGACCUCAAAUUAAUUAUGCAGUGUGAUUUGCUGCUGUGGCUCAGAAGAGCCACAACUUUUUUUUUUUCAUGGAGGAGUUUUGCUGUCUUGCCGUCUCCUGCCCCAAUGACGACGAGACCCUGAAGUUUCUAUUCUGGAUCGGGGUGAAUUAUCACCAGUCCAUUUACCUCCCCGACACCACAGGCUGUCAUUAGGUUUCUAGAGAGUGUCGCUCCCCGAUCCAGUGAACAGCCAGACCCGGAGCCUGUACCAUUGAUCGUGGAGAAAUCGUGUGAGCCCCCAGCAGAUGUUGAGGGAAAAUCUACCUCCACAAGUGAGCCAGAGCCCGAGCAAGAGAGGACAGAGCUUCCCUUUGCCCCAGAAGAGGAAUACCAGAGUGAGUCUGACCAGGGGUGUGAGCCCGCAACACCAGCGGCUGAGGGAAUGGAGACAGAGGACUGGCUGAUGAUAGACUUCAGUGUGGAGGUACUAACUCCCAUCCUAUCCCAUCCAGUACCUGAAUCAUCAUCGCGGUUUCUAGACAGCAGAAAGAACCGUUUGGAUUGUGAUUUAUCGGUUUGUUCUGAAUUGGUGCUGCUUAAAGACCACAUUAAGGACUAUAUAGACUGUGAUUCAAUCAUUUCUUCGACCUGCAAGGGCUGUGUCAUUCUCACAGUGAUCUUGUCUAGUUUUGUGUUACCACAGACCUCAGUUAGUCCUCUAGCCCCACCGCUGCUGGAUGUUUACAGCCCUGCGCCGUCUCGGGGUUGUCCUGCUGUGAUGUUGAGCUGCAGAUUAUGCAACCGCCAGUGCGAUAGGAUCCUGCUGCUCCGCCUCCGGCCUCUACUCCAUCUCGGCUUGUCGACCGGUCGCCUCCUCCUUGUCUCCACUAGACCCUCAGCCUUGCAGCUCCACCGGAUUCCCUUGUCCCACCGGCUCCCCCUUGGUCAGUCGUCACUCUACUUCCACCUCGGACUUACGGGCCGUUCGCUACAGUCCGACCCUACAGCCCUACGGCUAAAGCAGGUUCCUACUUCCCUUCGGGUAUGCCUCAGUCUUCAGUCACACCGGCAUUGCCUCAGUCAUCGGGUACUCUGGCUCCGCUUCGAACGCUCAACACCGCGGCUUCGCCAAGGUCUCUGGUACCUGCGACUUCACUCCGCUCCAUCAGUCCUCCGUCUGCGCCUUCAGAUCCACCUGUUCAGUCUGUCAGUCGUCCCCCAGAUACUGUUAGUGUCAGCCACCACCACACCAUCUUAGCUCCUCCCUCCCUCGAUUCCACCGUGGGCUGUCAGCACUGGUGAUCUCUGGGUGUGUGCCAUCAAGCCGUUUACAUCUUCACUGCCGGGAUCUCGUCGUCAUUCAGAGGUUACCAUCCCUUCACCACCUCUUCAUCCUCCUCCAAAUUACAGAAGGAAAAAAAAAAGUGGUCUUACUCUACCAUGCUUAAAAGAGUACUAUCAUGCAGCCUAAUUAUUUCAUUUAAUAUGUUUAUGCAAUCCAAAUUUUUAAGGCCAGAUGGAAGGACAUUGAAAAUGCUAAUCCUAAUAGACCACCAAUGUAAGCCAUAAUGGCUGAUGAUCAUUUGAUUAAAAGCAAUAAAGAAGAAUUCAACCCAUGGACAAUUA